UCUCUCACUGUGGGACCUCUGGCAACCAGGGCCACAGGUGAAAGCUUUGCUCCAAAUUAGCUGCCGGUUUCCCGGUGGGCUGCAGGCUCUGCUGAGGACCAGCCACUCCUUCAUUCAUUCCGGGAGCAGGGACAGCCUCCACGCUUUGCCAUCCUCAAGCAAUCCAGGAUGGAGGAAACUCAGGAGCCCCUGGCCAUGACUGUCCACCUCCUCGCCAGCUCCGGGCACGGCUCGCUUCUGCAGCAAACUGUGGACCAGCUGCUGGACUGCAUUUGCCCAGAGGUCCGUCUCUUUAUGGUGUCAGAGAGGGUCAGUCCAGUGAAAAGCUAUGACAAGUGCCACCCCAAGAGGUCCCGGUUCCCGGGGAUGUCUGUGUUGCUCUUCUUGCAUGAAAGCCGUGGGGAGGAACGGCUGUUCCGAGUCCUUGACUCCCUACAGCGGUGGCCGUGGCACUGCCACCCCGCCCCAAACAUUCAGGGAAGCCUGGGUCCCUCCCUUCUUGCCCAUCAGAAGUUCUACAGUCUGGACAAUCAGAUGCCUGUCUGGGGUGUGAGGCAGGUGCACUGUGGCACCGAGAUCCUCAGAGUGACGCUCUACUGCACUUUUGACAACUACGAAGACGCCAUCAGCCUCUACGAGAUGAUCCUGCAGAGAGAAGCCACCUCGCAGAAGAGCAACUUCUGCUUCUUCGUGCUCUACGCCACGGAGCGCGUGGCCCUGCAGCUCUCCCUGAAGCAGCUGCCCCUGGGCGUGUCGGUGGACCCAAAGGAGUCUUCAGUGCUGCAGUUCAAGGUUCAAGAGAUUGGCCAGCUGGUGCCCCUCCUGCCCCACCCGUGCGUCCCCAUCAGCCGCACCAGGUGGCAGACGCAGGACUUCGAUGGCAACAAGAUUCUGCUUCAGAUCCAAUCGAAUCCAGGACUCAGUGUUAGGAACGGCACCUCCGGAGCUGACACACUUCUCCAGGCCUGCAGGGUGCCGCCUGUCUCCACAAGGAAGGCCCUAGAGCUGAGGAGGCGAAGGAGCGGGGGCAGGAGGUCCCAGGUGGCUUCUCUGGAGUUCCCUGAGCCCGGAGAGAGCCCGGCGUCACAUGGCUCUAGUGACACGUUGUGGAAAAGCCCUGGCUGCUCAUCCCUGGUCAACAGCCAAGCCACAGAUGCCCAGCUGCCUCUGCAUUCUGCCCACCUCGAACCCAGGGCCAGAAUGAAGGUCUUCAGUCUGAAAAACAGCUUUGAGAAGCUGGAGGCAGAGACCAAUGUUGACACAGGGUGUACUGUGGUCAACUCUGAACCCAGGCAAUCUCUUCUGAGCAGAUUCCCCAGGGAUCCGCACACCAGCCAGCCACCGCUCACCUGCUCCCUGGGGGCGGCCGCCUCCAAAAACAACAGACUCUCGAAGGAGAGCAUCCACCCUUUGUCACUUGCUGGCCAAAGGGAACUUGGUGCAAGGCAGAUAAUCUCAAAAUGUCCCCUUCAUCUGCCAGUUCAGGGUGAAGAAAAAGAAGAAGAAUUCUUUAUAUAGGUUGAAACCAAUGUGGUUUUCUAAGACACAAGAUCACGUACAGUGUCCUAGAAAUGGAGCACUGUUUCUUGUUUAUCUGAGGGGGCCUGAAUGCUAGUCAUGAAGAUGUCUGUAAGGCUUUUAUUUCAAAUGUUCAGCGUCUAACAACACUGCGAGCAGUUGUGUAUUUGCCAUCCUGCAUCAUGGCCAUGGUCCGAAGGGAACACAGCCAACCCACAAACACACGGGGAAAAAGCCCAGGCUGAGUGUCCUGAGAGACGCACUAACCCAGCUGGGAGUGUGGAGAUCAGCCCCAAUCAGGAUAAUUGCACUGUAUGCAAAUGAGUCGGAUGUGUUAUGCGAUGUUGAUUAGUGUUUGUAAUUUGGUUUUAAUUUUCACUGCGGUUGCAUAGCUCCUCCCCUGGAUAGCACGGACUAUUUCUUCUUUACUGGUUUUUAAUUUUCAUGUGACCUCCUUUUGUAACUGGGCCCUGGGCACCACGUACCCUCAAGUGAUUUUGCCUUUAAAGUUGU